GUUUGUUGAGGGAUUUAAAUCUGAAUCAUUUGGAUGUGGAAGGUUGAGGAGGUGGGGUGCUGCUCCACGGCUCGUAUUUCAGAGUUUGAGGGAGUCUGUCCGAACUGAGACUGCCUUUGUUCACGUGGAGCUGCUCUCAGUCCCGGUGGGUGUGCGGAGAGAGAGAUACCGAGUCUCUAACGGGACCGACACCUUCUGAACCCGAGACAUGGCUCGUGCAAGAGUUUCAUCGCUCAGAGUUUGGAUCUGGAGGAUCAUUAUUACUGUGAGCUGCUUCUGUUCUCCCGCGAGCGCCUUUUCCUUCGACUCAGAAAGCGGCUCUAGCGGGCAGCUGGACCUGACGGAGCUCAUCGGUGUGCCGUUGCCUCCUUCGGUCGCCUUCAUCACUGGCUUCGAGGGCUUCCCUGCGUACAGCUUCGGGCCGGAUGCUAACGUGGGCCGCCUCACUCGGUCCUUCAUCCCCGACCCGUUCUUUCGCGACUUCGCCAUCAUCGUUACGGCCAAACCCAUCACUCGGCGUGGAGGAGUCCUGUUCGCUAUCACUGAUGCGCUGCAGAAGGUCGUUCAGCUGGGAGUGGCGCUGGCGCCGGUGGAGGAUGGAUCGCAGCGUGUGGUUCUUUACUACAGUGAACCCGGCGACGCACACACACAGGAGGCGGCUUCGUUCAAGAUGGGUGAGCUGACGGGACGAUGGGCCAGAUUUACACUGGCCGUUCAGGGAGAAGAGGUGAAGCUGUACAUGGACUGUGAGGAGCACCAUCGCGUGGCCUUCCGCCGGAGUCAUGACAGACUCUCAUUCCAGCCCAGCUCCGGCAUCUUCAUCGGGAAUGCUGGAGGAACUCGGCUGGAGCGAUUCGUGGGCUCGAUCCAGCAGCUGGUUCUGACGGCAGAUCCCAAGGCACCGAACGAGCAGUGCGAGGAGGACGAGCCUUACGCGUCCGGUUACGGAAGCGGUGAUGACAUCUACGAUGACAGAGAGACCGGCAACGAAGUGAAGAAAGUGCUUGAAGAGAGAGAAUAUACCAUGCCGGAGGAUGUUGAGAGCAGUCCAAUGAGAGCGCCACCUACUGAAACUCCCACAUUCUACACACAAACAGAUGAUGAAGACUGGGCAGAGAGCUCUGGGGACGACAUGCUUCUCAACAAUCCAAAAGAGCCAAUCAGAUCAGAGGGAGCCUCUCAAGACAGAAAUGUCAUUACCAUGCAGAAAGGAGAAAAAGGAGAUCGAGGUCCACAAGGACCGCCUGGACCACCCGGACCACCAGCUCCCAUCAGUCCACUUGGAAUACCUUUGAGUCCAGGAGAACCAGGGCCCCGGGGCCCACAGGGGCCGGCUGGACCUCCAGGAGCACCAGGACAAGACGGCCAGACGGGAGGUCCAGGAAAAGACGGAGCCACUGGAGAGGUUGGACCUCCGGGAUUCCCAGGCCUUCCUGGAGAUCCAGGUCCCAAAGGUGACAAGGGCGAUCCUGGUGUGGGCAUCGUGGGGCCGCCUGGACCUCCGGGGCCGCCAGGACUUCCAGGGACAUUUAAGUAUCUGGACGGCAUUGAUGGCUCGGGCUCGGGCUCGAGCUUCGUGGACUUGGACAGUGACACAGAGGUGAUACGGGGUCCUCCAGGUCCACCGGGGCCACCGGGACGGCCGGGCCCUCCUGGGCCUUCUGUUGGCCUUCAUCCAGGGCCAGUCGGGCCCCCAGGAGCUCCUGGAACAGAUGGGGAGAUGGGUAAACCUGGAAUUCCGGGUGCGAAUGGACGAGACGGUGAACCAGGGAAAGACGGAGAACAAGGGCAAAAAGGUGAACCAGGUUUACCUGGAAUCAUUGGACCAAAGGGUGAUCCAGGGGUCGCGGGACAGCGAGGGCCUGAGGGAGCUGAGGGCCCCAGAGGGCAGCCGGGGCCUCCUGGACCCCCCGGACCGCCAGGAAAAGCCUUCAGCUUCGACAUGAUGGAUUUGGAGGGGUCAGGUCUCGAUGGAAACAGUGGCUUCAGAGCUGUGCUGCCCAGAGGGCCACCCGGUCUUCCUGGGCUCCCAGGACCACCAGGACCACAGGGGAAAGAUGGAGCCGACGGCCCUCCGGGCGUUUCAGUGAAGGGGGAGCCAGGUGUCAAAGGAGCUGAUGGACAGCCUGGGUCACCUGGACUGACUGGGCCACAAGGGGAAAGGGGAGAGAAAGGUGAUAUGGGUCAGAAGGGAGAGAGAGGUCUGGAUGGAGUUAGUUUACCUGGACCUCCAGGGCCUCCCGGACCCCCUGGACCGGUCAUCAACCUGCAUGAGUUAAUGCUCAAUGACACUGAAGGAGUCUUCAACCUCUCGGGGGUUUUUGAUACACAAGGACCAUUGGGACCGAGAGGACCAAAGGGUGACAGCGGGUCCCCGGGGAUCCAGGGACCUCCAGGGUUAAAGGGUCAGAAAGGGGAGCCGGGGUUUGUUUCUGGAGUUUCUGGGCCAGAGGGACCAAAAGGACUAAAGGGAGACAGUGGCGUUCCUGGACCGCCUGGUGAAAAGGGCCCCAUCGGACCAACUGGACCAAAGGGGGAAUUUGGAUUUCCAGGACGUCCGGGUCGUCCAGGAAUUAACGGCCGUAAGGGUGAGAAAGGAGACUCUGUCGGAUUACCUGGUCCGCCGGGUCCUCCAGGCCCACCGGGACGUCCAGGACCGUUCAACUGUCCCAGAGGAACAGUGUUUCCCGUCCCUCCUCGACCCAACUGCAAAAAGCCUGUUAAUGGAGAUUCUACACAAGUCGUUGGGUCUUCCUCGCCUGUAGAGGGCGUUGUCUGCUCGUCGUCUGGAGCCAAAGGGGAGAAAGGGGAGGCGGGUCUUCCAGGAUUGCCAUCGCCAUUGAGCGACACACUGAGAACCAAAGUCACUGCUGAUAGAGACUUCAGAGGAGAGAAAGGAGAGAAAGGUGAAGCGGGGAUGCCGGGGGAACCUGGGAAAUCUGGUUUGGUGCAGGGACCUAAAGGGGAAUCUGUUGUCGGACCUCCUGGUCAUCCAGGACCACGAGGACCCCCUGGUGCACCAGGUUUCGGGAGGAAUGGUUUCGCUGGACCUCCUGGACCGCCGGGACCUCCCGGCCCACCUGGACGAUACAGCUCUGGCGUGAUGAUCCCUGGCCCUCCAGGACCGCCCGGGCCUCCGGGACGAGCCGCUGAUCCCGCCGGCUCCGUCAGGAAAUAUGCCAGUUUGCGUGCCUUGACACAGUCAUAUGUGGUUGAGGACGGGACGUUAUCUUUCGUUACUGAGACUAGUAAGCUCUAUAUUAAAGUGCCGGGAGGCUGGAGAGAGGUUCAGCUGGGUGGGCUGAUCGAGACGCAUGCGCCCCCUGUCCUCUCACAGGAUGAUGCUGAACCUCUGAUGCUGAACUCUUACCUGAGCAACACACCUGAAAUACACACUGGACGAGCACUGAGGUUGGUGGCUCUCAACGCGCCGUUGACGGGGAAUUUGGGCUCCAUCCAUUCGGUGAAUAAGCUCUGCAGAACUCAAGCUCAAGCCAUGGGAAUCAGAGACGAUUACAAGGCCUUCCUCUCACACCACCUCCAGGACCUGAUUGACAUCAUUCAGCCCAUGUACCGAACCAACACGCCGGUCGUCAACUUAAGGGGUGAGGUCCUGUUCAAGAACUGGGAGUCCAUCUUCUCCAACCAUCUCCUCCCUCCCGGCAUCCCGCUUUAUUCCUUCGAUGGGCGGGAUGUGAUGAGUGACCCCUUCUGGCCUCAGAAGGCGGUAUGGCACGGCUCUUCAGAGAGAGGCAGGCGGCUGGACGCUCUGAACUGUGAGUCCUGGAGAGCUGGAGACAUGGCCAUCACAGGUCAGGCGUCAUUCCUCUACAGCGGCUUACUGAACCAGCAAACGCGCAGCUGCUCCAACCACUUCAUCGUCCUGUGCAUCGAAACCAGCAACGACCACAAAACCAUCCAAGAGCUCCAGAAGGCACAGCAGCGCCACAGAAGAUGGUAUUACAGAUACUGAAGCCUCUCUGUCAGAAGGUGAACAUUAGUUUGGACAGAGACGACAUGAACUCCAGCCCCAUCAGGCUUCGGCACAGGAACGUUUAGUCCAAUUCUAGAAUGUAACGUGUAUAUUGGCCAGAUCCCAGCGUUGGACAGGGGAAAUCGGCCCUCUCCAUGACAUUUUGAUGCACUGUACUUUUCAUAUUGUAUUUUUGGUGUUGAUUUUCCAAAAAAAAAAAGCCUUUUUUAUCAUGCCAUUUAUUAUGUUUUGUUAUUCUGUUUGUAUUUAAUUUAAUUUCAGUGUUUUAUUUAUACAGUGACCGCACAUGAUUCAACAAUGUCACGGAUAAAUAUGCAAUUCAACUGUUGAAAUUAAUUAUCAUUCAGUUUUUUUUUUAUUGUCAUGAAGCAGUUUUUGGACAUUGCAUCCAUUUUAAUGAGAUGCAGAUCAGGUCACAAUCAAAUUGCCUUUUUUAUAGAUUUUUUAAAAAGCAAAUCAAGUGUUUAUUGUCUGUUGAAUAAAACAUUUUUUUUUCCAAA